AUGCCGUGCUUCACAUUGUUUAAUGGUUCUUGUCUCCUGGUUUUGACCAUUUUGGCUAUUGUCCUGAACAUGAUACCUCUAAUCGUGAACUGCCACGAUGGUCGGUUAUUUCGGAACUCCAUAUCAUGUUAUGAAUGGUGGCUACCUGGUAUUUUUGGAGGUGGGAUCUUGGUCAUUCCAACAGUAUCCAUGUCUCUGGCAGCACGGAAGGGACAAAACUGCAAUACCAAAACAGGGCUCCUGCUGUCUGCACUUUUCAGUCUGAUCAGUGUUCUUGGAGCCCUGUACUGUGUACUGGUCUCACUGCAUUCCCUGAUUAAGGGGCCACUGGUCUGCGAUACAGAAAGUCACAGUCUGGAAAACUGCAGCUUCUCAAUAGAAGACAUAAAGUCUCUUUCAAAUCUCAAGAUUGAUUUGAAGUGGUUUGUGGAAGACAAUUGUGGAAUUAAUCAAACUGGCUUUCACAUUGUACCAACUGAUCUACCAGGUACCAACUUUUCUACAGUUCCUACCGUUUCUAGCGUGAAAGCCGCAUCAACAGCUCCCACCUUAGAGACAGAUGUAGACUUUCAAAAGACGAUUCACAGGAUCACAUUCAGCGGACUCUUUUUGGUUGGGAUACUGGAGGUGUUGGUCAGUGCGUUGCAAAUAAUCGUUGGAGUUUUCGGCUUUAUCUGCGGAACAUCCAAGAGGAGGCGCAGUAGACCAGUGUAA